CGUGUUUGUGUCUGUGGCCGGUCUGUGCCACACCCCCUUCUCCUCGGUGCGGUGGUACGAUCCAGAGAUGCUGUUAUAGCGGCACCGAGCCUCACCAGCAACAGCAUCACCCGUCAGCCUCCUCGGGGUUCAACUGCGGCUAAACGCACCGCGCCGGGCUCCCUGUCACACAGCACAGCGGAGCUGGCUCGCGCACGGCACCUGCAAGGAGAUCCCUUCCUCUCCGCACAAAUCGCUUCGUCGUUCUCUAUCGGCAUUUGAGAGAGCGAGCAUCAUCAGCAUCAGCACCGCCGCCUCGAAACCAGACCAGCAGGCACAGAGAGAGGCGUCUCGUCCACAUUUCUAGCACUUGCACCGCGUCUCAAGUCAAAUUUCUACCGGGGGGAUUGCACAAUCUUCAGCAAUUGCAGGGUUCUCAUAGCAUGGAAUCGGACUAAAGGAAUGGCUUUACGUCGUGGAGACUCUGUGCUCUGUGCUGUGGCUGUGCUGAGUGACUAAGUGGAGCCUUACAAGCCAUGGAGGAGAUGGACAGUAAACCCUACCAGCCGUUGUCUAAGGGACGCCAUGAAAUGGAGAUGUCCUACACCAGCUCGUCUGACGAAAGCGAGGACGGCCGCGCCCACCACCGUUCCUACACCUCACGCGAAACCCUGCCUGACUACACACAUGAGCUACGCCUCACCCUCGGUUCACACCGGGAAAGACAGAGCAACUACAGCCAACCCCAGCCAGAUUUAGACUUCUGUAAGGCUGGGCAGAUGAGGAGCCCUGACUACCACAUCCACCAACAGCAGCAACAGCCGCAGCAGCAUCAGGAGGAGGAGGAGGAAGCGCUGUGCUCUGGACCGGCCGCUCAUGUCCACAGCCGCGGCUACUCCCUGGGCGUGGGCUCGGACGUGGACACGGAGCCGGAGGUGGACCCCUCUCCUAAUCACGGCCUGCAGCACAUGUGGAUGCGCGGCCUGAAGUCUGAGCAGAGCUCUUGCCUCACGAGCCGUGCCAACUCUGCCCUCUCUCUCACCGACACUGAGCAUGACAGGAAAUCUGAGCCUGACAAUGAGCUGCCCAGCAGUCCAGGUGGUCAGUUCACAUUUCGCCCGCUGCCCCCGCCUCCCCCUCCACCACAUGCCUGCACUUGUGCCCGCCCGGCGCCCUACACUCAAGUCAGCCUGCAGAGGAAGACCAUGCCAACGCGGUGCCAGGCCAGUCAGGGCAGCCAGGGGGCAGACACAAGCUCGAGCACAGACCAGGCGCAGCUUCACAACAGCUGGGUGCUCAACAGCAACAUUCCCCUGGAGACCAGACACUUCCUGUUCAAGCAGGGCUCUGGAUCAUCGGCUCUACUGUCAGGGGCGGGACAGGGUUAUCCUCUGACAUCUGGGACUGUGUACUCCCCUCCACCCCGGCCUCUCCCUCGCAGCAGCGUGACCAGACCACUGUUUACCUUCAACAAGCCUCACCGCUGCUGCAACUGGAAGUGUACAGCCCUGUCGGCGUCGCUCCUUACUCUCACCCUGGCGCUGCUGCUCACAUACGUCAUUGCGGUCCACCUGUUAGGGCUGACCUGGCAUCUGCGGCACGGCGAGAGCCAGCUGUAUGAGAACGGCCUGACUUCGGCAGACCAUCAACAGGAGGACCACAGCAAAACCAGACCUACCAGCUCCAUCCACCUGCUGGACACACUCAACCCUGAAAACACACACGCCGGUGACAGAGAGAAGUGGGUGCGAGGCCGGGCCAUUGACCGCGGUGAGGUCGACAUUGGAACCCAGCAGAGCCAGGCAAUCCCUCCGGGACUUUUUUGGAGGUUUCAUAUGACUGUGCACCAUCCAACCUACAUCAAGUUCAACCUGUCUCUCUCACACAACGCACUGCUGGGGGUCUACGGACGCAGGAACAUACCGCCUACACACACUCAGUUCGACUUUGUGAAACUGUUGGACGGGAAGGCGCUGCCCAGGUCUUUGACUGAUCCCGUCUCAACUGCCAAAGCUCCCAAAGGCCUGCUGCUGAGCGGCCUCCAAGAAACAGGCUUCAUUGAGUACAUGGACCCCGGCACCUGGCACCUGGCUCUCUACAACGAUGGACGCAACCUGGAGCAAGUGUUACUCCACAGCACUCCCAUAGAUUCAAUGGAUGGUUGCUCCACAGACUGUAAUGGAAACGGAGAGUGUGUGGCUGGACACUGCCACUGCUUUGCUGGAUUCUUGGGUCCUGACUGUGCUAAAGAUUCAUGCCCCGUGUUGUGCAGCGGUAACGGCGUGUAUGAGAAAGGAAGGUGUGUGUGCCUGGCAGGGUGGAAGGGGGCAGAGUGUAAUGUGGAGGAAGGUCAGUGUAUUGACCCCACCUGCUCCAACCAUGGCUCCUGCAUCCAGGGAAUCUGCAUAUGUAGUCCAGCCUACAAGGGGGUGAAUUGUGAACAAGUGGACUGCGUAGACCCUCAGUGUGGCGGGCAUGGCGUGUGUGUGCGCGGGGAGUGCGUGUGCUCGGCAGGCUGGGCAGGAGUGAGCUGUGAUGACCCGCUGCCAGCCUGUCAGGAGCAGUGUUCAGGACAUGGCACCUAUCUCCCUGAGUCAGACACCUGUGCCUGCCAGCCCAACUGGACGGGACCAGACUGCUACACUGAGCUGUGCCCGGUGCCAUGUGGCAGCCAUGGUGUUUGCUCAGAGGGCCAGUGCCAGUGCGAGGAGGGUUGGAUUGGUGCUGCAUGCAACCAGAGAGCGUGCCAUCCUCACUGCGAAGAACACGGCCAGUGCCACGACGGGACCUGCAUCUGCCAGCCUGGCUGGGAGGGAGAGCACUGUAACAUUGUUACUCAUGAUUUGGACGUUGUUGUGAAAGACGGCUGCCCAGGGUUGUGCAGUGGGCAUGGGCGCUGUACCCUGGAGCAGAGCGGCUGGCGCUGCGUCUGCCAGACUGGAUGGAGUGGGCCUGGAUGCAGCGUUGUCAUGGAAACUGACUGCAGUGAUGGAACAGACAACGACGGAGAUGGCCUGAUAGACUGUGUAGACCCAGACUGUUGCGAGCAGCUGAGUUGUGGCUCUGACCCUCUGUGUCAUGGCUCGGCCGACCCCUUGGCCCUGUUGCAGCAGAGCCCGCUGCCCCCCACCACACCCCCCUCACCUACUAGCACACACACUAACAGCUUCUACCGCCGCAUACUAUUCCUCCUUGGCAAAGCGGCCACACACACUCUCCCGGGAGACGUGCCCUUUGAUACCAGUCGAGUAGCUGUGAUUCGAGGUAGUGUUGCGUUACAGGAUGGCUCUCCUCUGGUUGGAGUCAACAUCACCUUCCCACAGCAUCCAGAGUAUGGUUACACUAUCAGUAGGCAGGAUGGAAGUUUUGACCUGGUGACCUUGGGUGCCAUGUCCAUGACCCUGAUGUUCCAGCGCCCACCCUUCCUGCCACAGACACGCACCAUCUGGACGCCUAACAACAACUUCCUUGUUCUGGAUCAGGUGACCAUGUCCAGGGAGGAAGCUCAACCUCCUAAAUGUGACAUCAGGAGUGUUUUGAGUCCCUACCCGCUGGUCCUGCCCUACCCACUUCCCAGAUACACAAGAGCAUGUGCAGAGAAGGGGCCAGCAGUACCUGAGCUACAGGUGGUGCAGGAAGAAGUUUCAAUCCCAGGAGCCUUUGCGAAGCUGAACUAUUUGAGCACCCGUGCUGCAGGCUACCUCUCUCUGCUGCGAAUCCUCCUCACACCUCCCUCCCCAUCGUCCCCCAUCUCACCACUGGGCGGUCUGUCCAAGGUGCAUGUCCGUGCAUCGAUCCAGGGAAGAUUGUACCAGCGUUGGUAUCCCGCUGGGCCUGGCCUGGUCCACAGACUGGUCUGGAACAAGACUGAUGUUUAUGGCCAGGAGGUCUGGGGUCUCACUCAUGCAACUGUUUCUGUUGGCUAUGAGUAUGAGUCUUGUCCUGGCUUUAUCCAAUGGGAGAGGAGGACCGCUCUGAUGCAGGGAUUUGAACUGGUCCCCUCAAACCUGGGAGGGUGGUCUCUGGACAAACACCACGCCCUCAACAUACACAGUGGAAUCCUUCACAAGGGAAACGGGGAAAACGUCUUCCUCUCCCAGCAGCCUCCUGUCAUAAGCACUGUGAUGGGGAAUGGUUUUUACCGGAGCGUCCCCUGCGGUCCAAGCUGCAGUGGCGCCGCUCGGGACAUGAUGCUGUUUGCCCCCGUGGCACUGACCAGCGGCCCUGACGGCUCUCUCUACGUAGGGGACUUCAACUUCAUCCGCAGGGUCCAUCCGGAUGGAUACACCAGAACCAUACUGGAACUCAAGAACCGGGACACCAGACACAGCACCAGCCCUGCUCAUAAGUACUACCUGGCCAUGGAUCCAAUGGGGGAGGUUCUUUACGUGUCUGACACCAGCAGUCGCAGAGUGUACCGGGUGAGGAACCUAGGGCAGCCAAAAGAGCCAUCUCGCAACUUGGAGGUAGUGGCCGGGACAGGGGAGCAGUGUCUCCCUUUUGACCAGAGCCACUGUGGAGAGGGAAGGAAGGCCACUGAAGCUGCACUCAAUAACCCUCGAGGUAUUGCAGUGGAUAAAAGAGGUGUUGUCUACUUCGUUGAUGGCACCACCAUUCAGAAGAUUAAUGAGAGGGGUUUGCUCUCCACUGUGAUUGGCUCAAACGGCCUGAUGUCGACGCAGCCGCUAAGCUGUGAUGCACGCAUGGACAUCAGCCAGGUGCGUCUGGAGUGGCCAACAGACCUGGCCAUCAACCCGCUGGACAACUCCCUCUACAUCCUGGACAACAAUAUUGUCCUACAGGUAUCAGAAAAUCUUCAGGUGCGUAUUGUGGCGGGCCGCCCAAUCCACUGCCAGGUUCCAGGUAUUGACCACCACCUGGUAAGAUGGGCAGCGGUGCGCGCCACCCUGGAGGCUGCCAAGGCCAUCGCCCUGUCCCACCUGGGCACACUGUUCAUCGCUGAGACUGAUGAGAGGCGCAUCAACCGCAUCCAACAGGUGUCAACCAACGGGGAGAUAUCUGUUAUCUCUGGAGCCCCCACGGACUGUGACUGUAAGAUAGAUCCCAACUGUGACUGUUUCUCUGGAGAUGGAGGCUACGCCCGUGAUGCUCGUCUCAAAGCCCCCUCUUCUCUGGCCGUGGCCCCCAAUGGCACCCUAUAUAUUGCUGAUCUCGGCAACAUCCGGAUCAGAGCUGUCAGCCCCAACCAGCCUCAGCCCAGCCCAGCUGGACUGGUGGAGAUCAGCUCCCCACUGGACCAGGAACUCUAUCUUUUCAGCCAGAAUGGCUCCCACAUGUACACCAAACACCUGAUCACCGGCCACUACCUGUACAACUUCUCUUAUGGCGUGGACGGCCAGCUGUCUGGACUGACGUGUCGCGACGGCCAUGGGCUCCAGGUGAGGAGAGAUGCCCAUGGAGUGCCUCUCUGGUUGGCCCUACCUGGCGGACAGGUGUACUGGUUGUCUCUUAGCAACAGUGGAACACUGAGAAAGGUGUCAGCCCAAGGCCAUGACAUCGCCCACAUCACUUACCAUGGCAACACGGGUCUCCUAGCAACCAAGAGUGAUGAGAACAGUUGGACCACUGUUUAUGAGUACAACAGCGAGGGUCGCGUGACCAACAUCACCCUCCCCACUGGUGAGGUGAGCGGUUUCCACGGCAACCUGGAGCGCUGGUCUCGGGUGGAGGUUGAGGCGUCCAACCGUGAGAACUUUGUCACCAGCACCAACUUGUCUGCCAGUGACACCAUCUACAUGUUCAGACAAGACCAUGCUCAGAGUUCAUACAGAAUCAGCGCUGACGGGUCAUUCCUUGUGUCACUGGCGAGUGGGAUGGAGCUGUCACUCAGCACGGAGCCCCUCCUCCCUGGAGUCGUCGGGGGAGGAGUCAGUCCCACGGCCAGCCGCUGUAACAUCAGCCUGCCCGGAGAUCACGCCCCCAGCCUGAUAGAGUGGAGGCAGAGGAAGGAGCAGAGCAAGACUAACUACAGCACUUAUGAACGCAGGCUCAGGGCACACAACAGGAACCUGCUGUCCAUAGACUUUGAUCAGAGCACCAGAGUAGGGAAGAUCUACGAUGACCACAGGAAGUUCACCCUCCAUAUCCAGUAUGACCCGUUGGGCCGACCCGUGGUCUGGUCCCCCAGUAGCAAAUACACUGAAGUAAACAUCAGCUAUUCUAGUGGAGGACUGUUGUCAGCCAUCCACCGUGGAGAAUGGUCUGAACGGCUGGAGUAUGAGAACGACAGGGUGGUGUCCAGAGCCUGGGUCAACGGCAAGAUCUGGAGCUACACAUACGCAGACAGAUCCAUUAUGCUGCUCCUGCAUAGCCAGCGGCGCUACGUCUUUGAGUACGACCAAACAGACCGUCUGGUUGCCGUGACGAUGCCCAGCAUGGUGAAACACACCCUGCAGUCGCUCCUGUCCAUCGGUUACUACAGGAGCAUACACACUCCUCCUGACAGCCAGUCCUCCUUCAUGCAGGACUACACCUUGGAUGGGCGGCUGCUGAGGACUCAGUACUUGGGAACAGGACGCAGUGUCAUCUAUAGGUAUACACCAGCAGCGCGGCUCUCGGAGGUGGUUUAUGACUCCACCCUGGUGACCUUCACUUACGACGACGCCUCUGGCACUGUCAAGACUAUUCAUCUCACCCAUAAUGGCUUCAUAAGCUCCAUAAGAUACAGACAGACAGGUCCCCUGACAAGUCGGCAAAUCUUCCGCUUCAGCGAAGAAGGCUUGGUCAACGCCAGGUUUGACUACAGCUACAACAACUUCAGAGUGACCAGCAUGCAGGCAGUCAUCAAUGAGACCCCCCUUCCCAUUGAUCUGUACCGUUAUGUCGACGUAUCAGGACGGGUCGAGCAGUUUGGCAAGUUCAGCGUCAUCUUUUAUGACCUCAACCAGGUGAUCACCACCCAUCUGAUGAAGCACACCAAAGUUUUUAACUCCUACGGCCAGGUGGUAGAGGUCCAGUAUGAGAUCCUUAAAUCCAUCGCCUACUGGAUGACCAUCCAGUAUGACUCAGCAGGGCGCACAACCACCUGUGACAUAAGGGUGGGCGUUGACAACAAUGUGACACGCUACACUUAUGAGUACGAUGCAGACAGCCAGCUGCAAAGUGCCUCGGUUAAUGAGCGGCCUCAGUGGCGCUACAGCUACGACCUCAAUGGGAACAUUAACCUGCUCAGCCAUGGGACCAGUGCUAGGCUGACUCCGCUGCGUUACGACCAUAGAGACCGCAUCACACACCUCGGCGAGUUACAGUACAGCGUGGAUGACGACGGCUUCCUCCGCCAGCGAGCAAAUGAUCUGUUUGACUACAACUCCAACGGCCUGCUGACCCGCGUCUUCAACCGGGUGACUGAGCACUCCGUGUGGUAUCGCUACGACGGGCUGGGUCGGCGUGUGGCCACCAAGAGCAGCCAGGGCGAGCAGCUGCAGUUCUUUUAUGCUGAUCUGUCACACCCUACCAGGGUCAGCCACUUGUACAACCACAGCAGCAAUCUGAUCACGUCGCUGUACUACGACCUGCAGGGGCAUCUCAUCGCCAUGGAGCUGAGCAGCGGGGAGGAAUACUACGUCGCCUGUGACAGUGUGGGGAGUCCGAGGGCAGUUUUCUCUAGCAAGGGGCGACUGGUCAAAGAGAUCCUCUACACCCCUUAUGGAGAGGUCUACCAGGACACCAACCCUGACUUCCAGCUUGUCAUCGGCUUCCACGGAGGCUUGUACGAUCCUCUCACACGGCUGGUGCAUUUGGGCAGGAGGGAUUAUGACACGCUAGCUGGUCGAUGGACUUCGCCCAAUCACGAACUGUGGGGGGAGCUGAGCAAGGAGCCGAAGCCGUUUAACUUGUACGCCUUCAAAAAUAACUGUCCAGUUGGGAGAGUGGAGGAGGUGACGCAGUUUACUACAGACAUUGGUAGCUGGCUGCAGCUAUUUGGCUUCCAGCUUCAUAAUGUUGUCCCAGGCUUCCCGAAGCCUGAAGUGGGCAGAAUGGAACAAACAUAUGAACUGAUGAAGACCCAGACCAAGACACAGAACUGGGACUCCAGCAAAGUGGUUUUGGGGAUCCAGUGUGAGCUGCGGAGACAGCUGAGGAGCUUCAUUUCUCUGGAGAGGUUACCUCUUGUCUCAGAGCCUGUAGGCUCAACUUGCCACAGACCGACGCGCCCUCCUCCCUUCGGCUCCCGGCCCUCUCUUCUCGGCCCCAGCAUCCGGUUUGCCAUCUCCCACGGCCGUGUCACUGCUGAAGUCAUCGGCGUAGCUAGCGAGGACAGCCGCCGCGUGGCAGCCAUUUUAAAUGGCGCCGUCCACCUGAGCGGGCUGAGCUUCACCGUGCGCGGCUGUGACACCCAUCACUUCCUCCAGUCCCGGCCAAUCGAAGAAGACCUCGCUCUGGGGCUAGGAGUCGGGGGGCGCAUCCUAGAGACCGGGGUGAACGUGAGCGUGUCUCAGAUGAGUGCCAUGGUGAACGGCAGGACUCGACGAUUCGCUGACAUCACUCUUCAGCAGGGGGCGCUGUGCUUGUGCGUGCGCUACGGCGGGAACGAGGAGGAGGAGAGGGCACGGGUGAGGGAGGAGGCGAGAAAGAGAGCGGUGGAGGGUGCAUGGGAGAAGGAGAGGAAGAGGGUGGAUUUAGGGGAUGCGGGGAGCAGGGCGUGGACCGAGGUUGAGAAGCAGCAGCUGCUAUCCGGAGGACUCGUUCAGGGUUACGACGGCUACUACUCCCUGCCUAUAGAGCAGCAGCCGGAGCUGUCCGACUGCCCCUCCAACAUCCACUUUAUGACACUAAGCGAGGUGGGGGGCAGGUAACAGAGACACACGAGCAGUCCCCCACCCACCAAAGACUGCCUGUUUCUACUCUACUCUGAUUUGUUCUACUGUUUCUAUACUGUAUCAAAAAAAAGAAGAUGACGACAAAGAGGAACAAGAAGAGAGAUUGGGGAAAAAAUUAUUUCCAAAUGCCUUUAAUUGUGACAAAAUGAUGGUAUUUUAUUAUUAAUCGUCCAGUUUCUCCAAUUUCUAACAGUGGCACAAGCAGUGUGGUUUGGCUGUGGCUUUGCUUUUUGUAUCCCGACUGGCCUGGGACUGACCGACUGACAGACUGACUCACUGACUGACUGAUGGACUGACAGUCUGUCAUUUGCUGUUUCAACACUGUUCAUCAUUUUAGACUCUAUGUUUGAAUUCACUGAACUGUAGAGACUUUAGGAUUGCCAGUGAAUGAUCCUCUUCAUGACUCGAAUCAAGAGCUCUCCGGUUGCCAUUUGAGUUCCUACAUGGUUUACCUCGGAUAUACUAUCGUUUACAUAUUGUGUAAGAGAGGCCUUGUCGACUCUGACACUCCCCUUUAGAGAAGGAAACCUCUGGUUUUCCACCUCUGGUGUGCUCCAACAGUAGUUUGUAUGAGUGUGUAUACUAAAAUCAAGAAUGUACAUAGCCAGUGCUUUCACACUGAAAAAAGUGCUUAACUGGAUAUUCUGUUGUUCAUAAGUAAGUGUCAGUAUUGUUAAUCAAUAGAAAAACAGUUACAUUUUUGCAAAGAAUUAUACAUGGCUAUAGUAAAUAUUCUCGCUGAAAAAUCUGACUUUAUUGGGUUACAAUGCUGAUUAAAGUUAUUAUGUGUGAAUUA